CCUCUUGCUCCCUCUCCGCGCCUCGUUCCACUUGCCAUGUCCGAACCGGGCCUCGUUCCACUCACGGGGCGCGCCCCAAGUCAAAUCGUGCGGCUGAGCUCGGCCCUCGACGAACGUCGGCUCCGCACGAGCUUUCUGCGCGCAGUUCAGAGUAGCGCCGCUGAGGCCACCGCGGCCAACUUCCGCCUCCGCGCGGCGGCCGCGGCGGCCGCCGCGGCGCAGGUGGCGCAGCGCAGCCCCACGGCGCAGCGCAGGCCCAGCGGGACACAGCGACGCUCGCGGCCCACGGUGACCACGCUCUACGGCAGCGACGGGCUUGAGGAGAUCCUCUACCAAGAGCUUCGGAGGGGUGGCGCCGUGCCCACGAAGCUGGACCGUUGGUGGUGCGUUUCAGGCGUUGCUGGUGUGCACCCACGCAGCGCAAGCAGGGUCAUCCAUUCGUUCGCUCUCAUCACAGACAAAGACUUCGCAGAAUUCAACUCGGUCAUGACAGCACCAGAUGAGCUCAGUGAGUACGUCCAGGCUCUUCUGGAGCCACACGCAUUGCACAAGGCCGUCAGUGCCUUGAGAGCGAAGAUGAAGGUACAGCGAUACAACCUCCGUUCUUCGUCUGACAGGACUUUGGACUUGAAGAAAGUUCUCGGUCCAUCCAUUCGUCAAGGGAUCGAUAUGAAGAUUGGCUGGCGAUUCGAUGAGAAGAGGCCAGAUGUCACCUUGGUUGUUCACUUGGGUCGGGACUAUUUGGCCAUGGGACUGGAGGACGCCAGGUGCCAGGUCCGCCCCUCUGAGGCCCUGCGAGGCGCGAUGGCAUUCUUGGCCUCUGAAGCUGCGCGGGGCCAUGCAGUGGUGGAUCCCUGCUGUGGGCAAGGAUCCUUGUUGAAGCUGGCGCAGGAGUUGUGGCCCAAGGAACCUUCUCGCAUGCUUGGCCAAGAUGUGCGACAGGCGGCCCUCGCUCGCGCUGCAGAGAUCGGGGGCCGCCUGGAGCUUUCGCGGGGCGACGGUGGAGAUCUUCCGCUCGGCGACGGGGAAGCAGACGCCUUCUUGUCUGAUUUGCCCAAUGCUGGCACAACCGAGGAGCGCAGCCUGCUUUGCCAGCGAGUAGUCGCGGAGGCCUCCCGGGUGUUACGGCCGGAUGGCCGCCUGGUGCUGAUGACGGGCUCCCCGGAGCUCCUGGCACAGGAGGUGGUGAAGGGAGCCUGGCGGACGGUGGGCGCCUGGCCCAUCCGUCGGCGUCGGGCGACGCGGAGCGAGGAGAAGGUGGAGCAGUUGGUGUGCCUGGAGAAGGCGGCAGAGGAGCCAAAGAAAGCUCCGAAGGAUCUCGCAUUGAAAGAGGAGAGCGCUCCGAAGAAGUCUGAGGAGAUCAAAGCUCUUUGGGAACGACUCGGCAUUUAGCGUCCAA